GCGGAGGGCGUGGCCGCGCGCAGGCGCGUCGCUCGCGCUGCAGCCGCCGCCGCCAUGAGCCGCGCCAAGUUUAUCGAUAUUGGUAUUAACCUGACAGAUCCUAUGUUCAGAGGAAUCUACAGGGGAACACAAAAACAUCAAGAUGACUUCUUGGAUGUGGUAGAGAGAGCAGUCAAAGUUGGUGUUAAAAAGUUUUUGAUUACAGGUGGGAGUCUACAAGAUAGUAAAGAUGCAUUGCAGCUGGCACAGACAAAUGAUAUGUUUUACAGUACAGUUGGCUGUCAUCCUACCCGCUGUGGAGAAUUUGAGCAGAGUAGCCCUGAACAGUAUUUAUCUGAAUUAAAAAAUCUGGUUGAAAAAAAUAAGACAAAGGUAAUAGCAGUUGGAGAAUGUGGCCUGGAUUUUGAUAGAUUAGAAUUUUGCCCAAAGGACAUCCAACUCAAGUAUUUUGAAAAACAAUUUGACCUGUCAGAGCAGACGCAGCUGCCCAUGUUUCUCCACUGUAGAAACUCACAUGCUGAAUUUUUAGACAUAGUGAGAAGAAACAGAGAUAGAUUUGUAGGAGGUGUGGUACAUUCUUUUGAUGGCACAAAGGAAGAAGCAGCAGCUAUGAUAGAUUUGGAUCUUUAUAUUGGAAUAAAUGGCUGCUCGUUGAAAACAGAAGCCAACUUGGAAACACUGAAAUCAAUUCCUAGCGAACGAUUAAUGAUAGAGACUGAUGCACCUUGGUGUGGAGUGAAAAAUACUCACGCUGGAUCAAAAUACGUUAAAACUACAUUUCCUACAAAAAAGAAAUGGGAAAUAGGGCACUGCUUGAAGGACAGAAAUGAACCCUGCCACAUAAUCAAUUUCAUAUACACAGUGUUAGAGUAACAUGGAGCAUGCAACUGCAUCCAAGUGGGGAUGGAUAUGUAAGACCUACCAAGACUCUUCAAGGGUGAAAUUCUUUGGUAUUUGUUACUUGUUUCUGUAAGAUGAGAUCUCAGGCCAUCUCAUCUGGAACAUCCCCUUAAAUCAAGAAGCUGUUUGGCUGCAAAGCACAACAGUGGUUAUGAAAUGGGCUAAUUCUGCAUCUACGAAAAUACUUGCAUUCCAGUAACCGUUAAGAGCAACUUUUUCUACUCUGUCUUCCUUAAAGACAGUUUUGCCAUUGUGUAAGUUAAGAGGCAAGAUCCAAAACCCAAAACCACUAAAUCCUACCACCAAGCUUGAGGUGCUUGCUCUUCACCAAGAAAUUUUUUUUUCUACUACUAGGAAAAAAAAAAUAUGAAAGCAUGAUGCAUCUUAGGAACUAUGUGGAAUACUGGUGGUUUUUUUUUUUCCAGAAAGACUGACAGAAAAUCAAGAAAGUAACUAGAUGAAAGAUAGCGGCUUGUUUUUCUGUUCCUUAGUGUUAAUGCUGUUCAUCCUAUUUCUUUUGCCUCUUUUUCCUGGUUUGUAUCAAGGCUAUGGGCAUUCCAAGAUUUCUCAUUUAACAUUUACUGCAAAGAUCUGAAUGCAUUAAUCACAAUUAAGCUAGAGAAGGGGGAAGUAGGAGUAAGUUACUAUGGCAGCUAUACUGUCAGGUAAGGCUGUAUCUGGAAUUUAGAGUUUGCCAUAGACCAGUUUUUUUUCACUGUAUUCAUCCUGCAGCUUUAGCCUUGAAAGGCUAACAAAUUUCAGUCUGAAAAAUGAAGACCAUUGAUAAAGACACCCACAAAAUGACACUUUCUUUGAAACAGAAAGCUGUUUAAUUACCUCCAAACAAGAGUCAAAAGACCAAAGAUGAAUCUGUACCAGUGAGCAACCAGUGUUCAGUGUAAAGGGAAUGGCAGUUAGUGACUUAAAAGUGAAGCUACUUGCAUAUCUGAGCACCCUGCCCUGUUGCUCUCAGCGUUGGUUUUUAU